AUGCGUUGCGGUGAGCUUCCUUUCACUGAUGCUUCUUUUAUGGAGCCUGCCAGUACUGAGAAUCAGGUGGGUCUUAAUCAAGCUUCAGGAUCAGGUAGGGCAAGAAGAGAUGCUGCAGCUCGUGCAAUGCAGGGUUGGCACUCCCAGCGUCUUCUUGGCAAUGGGGAGGUUGGGGAUCCAAUUAUUAAGGAUAAGAAUUCAACUUCUACACCAAAGCGUGAAAAACAGCUUAAAAGCAUUGGUUUGCUGAAGCGUAAAAGGCCAUCUGCUGUUGAGCAUGCUGUCAAAGUUGUGUGCAUGAAAACAUCGAAACCACAGUUGGACAUAAUGGUUGUUGAUAUUGGCCCUCCUGCCGAUUGGGUGAAAAUCAAUGUACAGAGAACCAAAGACUGCUAUGAGGUAUAUGCUUUAGUUCCUGGGCUUUUGCGUGAAGAGGUGCGUGUACAGUCUGAUCCAGCGGGGCGUUUGGUUAUAUCUGGUCAACCAGAGCAACUGGAUAAUCCCUGGGGAGUCGUUCCCUUCAAAAAGGUUGUGAGCUUACCUUCUAGGAUAGAUCCUCAUCAGACAUCUGCUGUGGUUACCCUGCAUGGCCAGUUGUUUGUGCGUGUACCAUUUGAGCAGUCAGAUCUCUAG